ACUAAAAAUCAAGACAGACCAUUGCAUAACAAAACUAUUUUCUCUCUGCCUCACCCACCAUCUUAAAACUCUUUCAAGUCGUAAACAGAAAUUUUCCUCCUCAAAAAAUUUAAACAGAGAGAAAAAUGGCUUUGGAGAACUGCUUUCAAAUAAGCACAAUGUGCAGCAGCACCCCCAGAGCUUACCAUCCGUUUUAUUCCCUUCAAAAGUUUCAUUUUCCCACAUGUAAAAGCUUCAAGAAAUCUAGUCUAACCUUCCCCUCGUCUUCGUCUUCGUCUUCGUCUUCAUCUUUAUCUUUUGGUUAUUCAUUCGAGAGCAGAACCCCGAAAACCCGGAUUGUCUGCAAAGCCCGCGAAGCAGUAGAUCAAGUUGAAAGUUUGACAGAUUCAGGUUGGGAGGGUAAUGUGAUUGCAAAUAAAAGGCCAGUUCUAGUGGAGUUUUGGGCACCAUGGUGUGGACCGUGCAGGAUAAUUGCACCUGCAAUUGAUGAAUUAGCCAAAGAGUACGCUGGGAAGAUUUCUUGUUACAAAGUCAACACAGACGAGAGCCCAAAUAUUGCUGCUAAAUAUGGAAUCAGGAGCAUACCAACUGUUCUCUUCUUCAAGAAUGGAGAAAAGAAAGAGAGUGUCAUUGGUGCUGUACCAAAAUCUACCUUGUCUGCUACCAUUGACAAAUACAUAGAAGGUUGAAUGUCAAAUACACACAAACAUCCGUCUUCUCAGCUUCUGUAACUCCACUCAUAUCGUUCGCAUGCACGUACAUACACAUAUAGGCAUGUAUAUAUGUACGUGUGUGUGCUAAGUUUUCAUUAACAGCCUUUAAAUGCUUAUAUUCCUCUAGAAAAUGUCAUUACAUCGUUCCAUCAUGUAAA